AUGGCACCUCAGCCAGAGCUCUAUCCUACCCUGCACCGAGUGCGCGAUCUCGAAACUGCGGGCAUCGAGGACCUGCAACAGAUCAUUCAGACAUUCCCCGUCAUUGACAACCAUGCCCACAACAUGCUCACCGAAGAACAUGCCUAUGGCAGCGCGGAAUAUCCUUUUGAGUGCAUCACUUCAGAAGCUCAGGGACACGCUCUGACGGAUCAUGUCCACACCAGCCUCUCUCACAUGCGCGGAAUCAAACACCUGGCAGAAUUCUACCAGUGCCCAGAAACGCUCCAGGAUGUCAAGGCUGCCCGAUAUGAGUGGGUGCGCAGAGACUAUCCCGGUCUGAUCAAAAAAUGCUUUGAGGGAACACAUGCGAUCAUGAUGGACGAUGGACUCUCGCCCGAGAUUAUCCAUUCUUUUAAGUGGCACAGACAGUUUGUGCCCACAGUGUCAAGGAUCGUGAGGAUCGAAGCCGUUGCAGCGGAGCUGCUUGAACAUCUCGCUCACGCAGCGGGCUUUAUGAGGGUCGGUCUGGACGCCGAUUGGGAUAUCAGCCAGACAGAGAGCUUCUUGGUCCGCUUCAAUACCGUCUUCAGAAAUCAGAUUCGCACGCUGGCCAACGAUCCAGAUGUCCGGGGCUUCAAGUCAGUCAUCUGCUAUCGUUCGGGUCUGGACAUCGGCCUCGAGAGCAGGAAGAACUUUCGGCCUCAUCAGUCUCUGACCGAAUCAUCUCUGUUACAGUCGUUUCAUGAAUUCCUGCAGAAGGCUGUCCGCGAUCACAGGUAUCGCAUCCAGCAAAAGGAGGUCAAUGACUUCUUGGUUGUCGCUGUCUGUGACGUGCUGGAAAAGCUUGUAGACACAGACGGCGAGAACCUGCCCUUCCAGUUCCACACCGGUCUCGGUGACACAGAUAUCGACUUGGUCAAAGCAAAUCCGGCGUAUAUGCAGCCCCUAAUCGAAGCAUUCCCCCAGGUCGACUUUGUCAUCCUUCAUUCGUCGUACCCAUACACCAGGGAGGCAGGUUACCUCGCAGCCAACUAUUCCAACGCUUGGCUCGAUAUCGGAGAAGCGUUUCCCAUGCUCUCUCGUGAAGGCGAGGAGUCUGUGCUACGACAGGCGCUCGAGCUGACACCAAGCUCUAAGAUUCUGUGGAGCACGGACGGACACUUCUAUCCCGAGACAUACUGGCUGGCCAACAAGCACUUCAGAGAAGCGCUUGAGAGAUUGCUUACUUCCUAUAUUGCUGCGGGUGAUGUGACCGUCGCUCAGGCCAUCGACAUCGCUGUCGAUAUUAUGUUCUGGAACUCAAAUCUACUCUACAAGCUUGACGAAGAGCGCAAAUAUCCCGAGCUGCUCCGAGCUUGUGGCAGAGAAGCCGUAGACAGCAUGCGUACGCUUGUGAAUGGUGGUUCGAAAGCUCCCUCUUUCAAAUCAUACGCGAGCACGGCUGUCGCGACUACUGCGGGAGGUGCGUCGUCAUCAGCAACUGCAGCUGCUGCAGCACGACCCGGGGCAUCUCUGAACGCCGCGUCUCUGUCAUCGUCGACUCUUUCGCUCCCUCUCCGGUCUGGGAGUGCAAGUGCGCCUUCAGGUCAAAACUCCACUGCUAUCUUUGCGCAGAAUGUGACCAUUUUUGAUGCCUUUAUGCAAACAAAUCCGGGCAUCAAGUGGAUGUGGGUUCAAUAUCUGGACUACACUGGCACUCUUCGUAACCGCAUGAUGAGCGUCCAACAAUUCAAAAAGCAGCUGUCAACAGGAAAAGCUCUCUGUUGUACGACUGCGCUGACGCGAUUGAUGCAGGACGACUACCCUGCAACCGGAUGCUCGGCUACCGGCCAAUUUCUCAUGAUUCCAGACCUGUCGACCCUCUCGUUGAACAAGGGUAUCUCAUCUCCGUCCGCCACUGUUCAGACAUGGUGGAUGGCAGACUCGGAGCAAGUACCCCUUGUUGAGCACUUCGACCGCUGUCCUCGCUGGCUGCUUCAGUCUCAAGCUGACGCUCUCAAGUCAGAGUUCAACAUCUCCAUGCUGAUGGGCUUCGAACUCGAGAUCAUCUUCAUGAAGCCGGUUCUGAACGAAACAAAAUCCGAUUUUGUGGAAUUCGAGCCGUUGCAUAUGGUUCAUUCGUGGUCAAACAUGACAUAUCAACAGCUCGAUAUGUUACCGAUUAUUGAAGAAAUCGUUGAACAUCUGGCCGAUCUCGACAUUCACCUUUCCCAAUUCCAUUCUGAAGCCGCACCGGGACAAUGGGAGUUUCCCUUACCAGCCUUUGAACCGGUAAAGGCCGUCGACGUCUUGUUCAAGGCCAAAGAUGUUAUUCGCAAUGUCGCCAAGAAGCACGGCCUGAAAGCAACGUGCUAUCCACGUCCCUAUUCGUUCAGCCCGGGCAGCGCCAAUCAUGCGCAUUUCAGCAUCAACGGACCCGGUGAUACGGUCGAAAAGUAUGAAGCACCCUUCCUCGCGGGCGUUUUGGAACAUCUCCCAGCACUGAUAGCGUUCUUGUUGCCGUUUGAGGAGUCGUAUCAACGCGUCAAUGCUGGAAUCUGGGCAGGUGGAGAGUAUGUAUGCUGGGGAACGCAGAACAAGGAAGUCCCCUUGCGGAAAUGUGGACCUGGGCACUUCGAGCUCAAGACGGUUGAUGGCAUGGGUAACUCUUAUCUGUCCAUGGCCGCUCUCCUGGCCUCGGGACUCCAUGGUCUUCGCCAAGAUCUCAAACUUCAGCACGGGGAUUGUACCGGAGACCCGACAGGAAUCGGCGAGGAGGAAAGGCAGAAACUCGGCAUUACCACGCAACUGCCUAACACAUUGGAGAAGAGUCUCAAAGCCUUGGACCGGGACAAAGUCUUACGACGGUCUCUGGGGUAUGCGGUCGUUGACGACUAUAUUGCCAUCUCGGAGAGUGUGAUGGCCAAGUUGAGGGGCUUUGGUGAUGAGAAGAGACGGUUGUGGUUGAUGGCCCGGUAUUGA